CAGCAGCUUCUAGAAGAACAUAAGAAGAGUCUGAGGAGGAGAUGUGAACGUGUGACUGAAGGAAGUGAUGAACCAGGAGGAGGAAGCCUCCUCAACAGGAUCUACACUGAGCUCCACAUCACAGAGGGACUCAGUGAGGAGCUUCAGAGGGAACCUGAGCUGAAGCAGCUGGAGACAGCUUCCAGGAAGGAGAGCCUCCAUCACACUGCCAUCAGGGUUCAGGACAUCUUCAAAGCCUCGGCCCAGCAGCUCAGACACAUCCGAGUGGUUGUGACCAGCGGCGUGGCCGGCAGCGGAAAAACCUUCUCGGUACACAGAUUCACUCUGGACUGGGCCGAGGGCCUGGAGAACCAGGAUGUCAGCGUGCUGGUUGUUCUCUCCUUCAGGGAGCUGAACCUGAUCAGAGAGCGGCUGUACAGUCUUCUCACGCUGCUCCAUGUUUUCCAUCCGGCGCUCCAGAAGGUGACGGCAGAGGAGCUGGCUGUCUGCAAGCUGCUGUUCAUCUUUGACGGUCUGGAUGAAAGCAGACUUUCUCUGGACUUCGGCAGCAAACAGCGGCUGGUUGACGUCUCCCAGCAGUCUUCAGUCAGCCUGCUGCUCACUAACCUCAUCCGGGGGAAUCUGCUGCCCUCGGCUCGGGUCUGGAUCACUUCCAGACCUGCAGCGGCCAAUCAGAUCCCUCCAUCAUGUGUGGACAGACUGACAGAAGUGCGAGGCUUCACUGACGCCCAGAAGGAGGAGUACUUCAGGAGGAGGCUGAGUGAUGAGGAGCUGAGCAGCAGAAUCAUCUCCCACAUCCAGACCUCCAGGAGCUUCCACAUCAUGUGUGGAAUCCCAGUCUUCUGCUGGAUCACUGCUACAGUUCUGGAGCACAUGUUGAGCAGCGAGCAGAGAGGAGAGCUGCCCCAGACCCUGACUGACAUGUACUCCCACUUUGUGCUGGUUCAGACACACAGGAAGAAGCUCAAGUACCAUGAAGGACCUGAGACGGGUCCACAGGAGCUGACAGAGGCUGACAGGGAGCUUCUUCUGAAGCUGGGCAGGAUGGCCUUUGAACAUCUGGAGAAAGGAAACAUCCUGUUCUACCAAGAAGACCUGGAGCAGUGUGGUCUGGAUGUGACUGAGGCCUCGCUGUUCUCUGGAGUUUGUACUCAGAUCUUCAAAAGAGAGUCUGUGAUCUUCCAGAAAGCCGUCUACAGCUUCGUCCAUCUGAGUGUUCAGGAGUUUCUGGCUGCAGUCUUCAUGAUCCACUGUUUCACCAACAGGAAGACAGACGGACUGACAACCUUCUUCGGAGAGGACUGGGAACCAGAGACUUUCUGUGGAAGAGUGUUCAAGUUCUUUGGAAUUGAUGCAUUCCCGUCUCUGGAUGAGUUCCUGAAGCUUGUCCUGCAGAAAUCCCUCAGAAGUCAGAACGGCCACCUGGACCUGUUUGUCCGCUUCCUUCAUGGCCUCUCUCUGAAGUCCAACCAGAGACUCUUAGAAGGUCUGCUGGGUCGGCCAGAGAUCAGUCCAGAAACCAUCCAGAGAGUCAUCCAGAACCUGAAGGAGAUCAACAGUGAUGAAAUGUCUCCUGACAGAAGCAUCAACAUCUUCCACUGUCUGAUGGAGAUGAAGGACCUCUCAGUACAUCAGGACAUCCAGAAGUUCCUGAAGUCAGAGAACAGAUCAGAGAAACUCUCUGAGAUCCACUGCUCAGCUCUGGCCUACAUGCUGCAGAUGUCAGACCAGGUCCUGGAGGAGCUGAACCUGAAGAAGUACAAGACAUCAGAGGAGGGACGACGGAGACUGAUCCCAGCUGUGAGGAACUGCAGGAAGGCUGAACUUUCUGGCUGUGGACUCUCUGAUUCUCACUGUGAAGUGAUCUCCUCAGCUCUGAAGUCCGACCCCUCCCAUCUGAAACAUCUGGACCUGAGUCAGAACAACCUGAAGGAUUCAUCAGUGAAGAUUCUGUGUUCUGGACUGGAGAGUCCAAACUGUAACCUGGAGACUCUGAGGUUGAUGUACUGCAGUUUGUCACAGAGCAUCUGUUCUUCUCUGAUCGCAGCUCUGAAGUCCAAUCCCUCCCUCCUGAAACAUCUGAAACAUCUGAACCUGAAUUUCAACCAACUGCAUGAUUCAGGAGUUGAGCAGCUGUGUGGUUUCCUGGAGAGCCCACUCUGCAAUCUGCAGAUUUUGUGGUUGAAGGACUGCAGGUUGUCAGAGAUCAGCUGUGAUUCUCUGGCCUCAGCUCUGAAGUCCAACCCCUCCCUCCUGAAACAUCUGAAACUUCUGGACCUGAGUUGGAACCAGCUGCAGGAUUCAGGAGUUUCUCAGCUGUGUGGUUUUCUGCAGAGUCCACUCUGUGGUCUGCAGACUCUGAGGUUGGAGAAAUGCAGUUUGUCAAAGAUCAGCUGUUCUUCUCUGGCCUCAGCUCUGAAGUCCAACCCCUCCCACCUGAAGGAUCUUGACCUGAGUUUGAACCAGCUCCAGUAUUCAGAUUUGAAGCAGCUUCUUGAGCUUCAGGAGAGUCCAGACUGGAGCCUGCAGACUCUGAGCUGGAAGGACUGAGAGCAGAGAGGAAGCUGUGUGUCCUGAAGAUCUACUGAGGAGAGCAGAGCUUCAUCCAGACUGAGUGACAGAGGAACCAUCAGAAUGACAAGAACAGAUAAAUUGGUACUAGGACUGUCAAAAUUAUCAUGAUAAUAACAAGGUACUUCAAAUUCCCAUUGACAGCACUAAUUUAUUUCACGCGCGAUUUAGUCGCGCACAUUUCGUGGCCCUCGUCUCGCACCGUAGUUUCAGAAACUGAGAGGUACGUGAUGUGAUACUGCACACUCUUGUACAGUUGGUGGCAGUAAUACAUCUUAAAGCCGUUUGACUGAUGAAAACAAAAGGAGAAGAAGGACCUCCACAAGAUGGCCGCCAUGUAGGCCCGUCAAGUCCAAUCUUCAGCAGCGUGGAAGCAGCGUCACUGUAUAUGAUGUCUGUGGUGACAACAGGUUGGCUGAGGAGCAGAGAGGAACGAGGAGGCUGUGUCAUUCUUUUCUUUUAUGAAGGCUUCAGGUAAUUCUCCAUUACUGACCAACAGGACUUUCUGGUUCAGGAGUCUGUUAUUGUGAUGCAGGAGCUCAAUCAGUCUGCAUUGGAAAAUGUUUGAAAUACUGUAAAUUUAGCUGGUCAGAUACUGCAUAGUCAGAUUAUGAAUAGAUGAUCUUCCGUUCAGGUCAAUAUGUCCUUGCAGCCUAUUUUCUGAGCAUGCAGAAUGUUUGAGGUUAUGUUGAGAUUAUUCUGGACAGUAUUUGAUAUUGUUCUGGAUUGAGGCAACAACAAUAAACAUGUAUUUACAUAAA